AAACGUGUCCCUCGCUUUAAUCUGCAAACUAAAGCGAUCUAAUCGGAUUUGAGCUGUCUUAAUUUGACAAACAAACUUUGGCUAUCUAAUGGCUUGGCCACGCUUGUCUAUGCUUUCACAAUAGUUCAUCUACGUAUUUACGACUUUUAUCAAACAGAUAAGGUUGAAGUGAGAUUUCCUGAAAAGCCAAUGCAAUUAUUGCCCCUGGCACCGGAAGCCGUAAGAACAUGUCAUGGCUUACGGCAAGAGGACUGACACAAGCCAAUACCAUUUGACAGCAUGAAAAAGAAACUUCAAAAAUAGAUAAAUAUAUACAAAGCUUUUGGCAUAUCACGUCCAAAGAACAUGUCUAGAAAAUUAACCCAAAUUGAAAAACAAAUUAAUAGAAUUUACCCCCGUUUCACCGCUCGCUCCAAUUCAAAUUAAUUUGCAAAGAGUUAUCAGCAUUCAAAAUGUUUUUCUAUCUUAUUUCAGGUAGGCGUGUCUAAGAGUUGACGCACACUAGAUGCUAAUUACAGCACUGUUUGUCUUCUUCCGCAUGCCAAAUGACAACAACAAAAAAUAAUUUAACUUUCUAGUUUAAUGAGAACAAAUGAUCUAGUUUUCAUCGCUGAUACACUACUCUAAGGAAAAGAUACCUCACUCAAAAAGCAACCUCUCGAAGCUCACUACAAGUGAAGGGAAUUUUUACCAUCGAUCUGUCACGGCUGUCAAGUAUUCAAAGCUCUCACUUAAAAAGCACUUUGGGCUAUCAAGACUUUCCUAAGCCAUGGAAAACCCUUUUGACUCUAUCUGAUAACAUUCUUGCCACUCUUCUGUAUGCACGAUAGCCAUUCGGCUGCUUAUUCGAAAACUAAUAACUUUUAUGGUGGUUUAACGAUAAAGUAGAAAAAACGAGAAACGCAAUUUGACCUUAUAUAGAAAAGGUCCUUUUAAAACCCUAAAGCAGUUUGAUGAAAAAGCUAACGAUUUAAUUAGGAGAUAAGAUUUCGCAUCGUUUUGGUAACAAGCUGAUGGGGUAUUUUGUGAUACAAGGCUUUUUGAGUGCUUGUCAAUUACGAAGGGAUUAGAGAAAAGCAUUGUUGACUCUUGUUUGCUUCUAAAUUUCUAUUGACGAAUCUACUGCCUUUUGUAGCCUGACAUUGAAGAUAAGUACAUAAGCUUUUGUGUAAUUCGAAUAAGAUCUUUGCAUUCCAAAAGAGCGGUAAUAUGAGCGACAAAAACGCAACCAACAAAAAAUGGGGCGUGCGUGCUUUCUGAUUCUUUUAUACGGGAAAAGAAAAUAAUAUUUUGAUGAUUAUGAUUAACUAUAUAUGUCCUUUAGCUAAUGUAGACCAUUCAAAAAUUCAUAUUAAUAUAUUCUAGGUAAUAUUUUUUUCGUUCUAUCACUGAUCUAAUUGUGUGAAGUGCGCUAUUUUUCCUUUAUUCUUUCUCCCCCCACACGAAGAAAAAUGCGACAACUUUUUUGCGGUGUCGCAAGAGGAGGGAAAGUGUUCCACUUAUGCUGUCGAGAAGAUUAUCCUGUAGAGCCAGGUUGUGGGCUUUUCUCUCGAUCCUUCCGAGAGGAUGUGAAGUUGUGCGAAAACUAUGAAGAAUAGUUAAUCUUACUGCAAUCUUUAAUGCGUCAAUCCUUCUUCUGAAUUUGAGGGUGAUUUUAAGAGGAGCCAAAUAAUGCUCGAGAUAUAGUGCCGGUAAAGGUUACACGGAGAAGCACGACUCUGUACUACAACAUGCUCGUGCCGUCCCCUCAACCCCACAAGCGAGGAAAACGGCGUACUUUGCCGUACCCUCGACCCAAGGAAAACGGCGUAUUUUGUCGUCCUCUCAACUCCGUACUUUGCCGUUUCCUCAACCCCACAGGCGAGAAAAAAAGUGUAGUUUUCCGUCCCUUCAACCCCAGAGGCGAGGAAAGCAGCUUACUUUGCCUCUCCUUCUCAGAUGUGGUUCAGUGAGGUAAAGUGAGAUCAAGAGGUAAGAUAGGACAGGUCAGUUGAAAGUUCUGGGAUGUCUGUGCGAAAUUUCCCAGAAACCCUUGCGCGUUUACGCUCAGUCGAGGCAGGCUGGAAGUAUCGCCAAAGUGAAAAGAGAACAUCUUUCAAAGCGAGCCCCGGGGCGGCUUUGAGAAUCGGCAUUUCUUUUGCACUAUUCUCACCCCAUGUCGUCGUUAACCCUAUCUACUGAUGAUACUAAGCUAAGUCAUAAAUUCAGCGAUGACGAGGUGGACUCGGAGGAAUCGCUUGACCCAAGGGUUAAGGGAGAGCUGGAGCGCCUCAACUCGGCUACAACAGAAAUCAACUGCUUGGAAAAAGCGCUGGAGGAGAUGCAUGCUCUGUUUAGACAGACUUUAACCGAGUCAGCGUUUGUAUUAAAGUCUCAUGCAAACAGAUAUGGCAAGUCUAUCAAUCAGUCACGCCCCUACUACGAAGCACUGGAAAGAUCAAAAAAGGCCCAGAUUGCCACACAGAAAGCAGCUUUGAAGUAUGAACGGGCUUGCUGCACCCACCAAGCUGCAAAAGAAAUGGUAGCACGUGCUGAAGAGAAAUUGGUGUCAACUUCCAAAGAGCACAAAGUCCUUGAUCCUACUUGGCAAGAUAUGCUAAACAAAGCAGUAAUGAAGGUGAUGGAAUCUGAGCAGGAAAAGUGUCAUGCAGAGAAGGAACAUUUGGAGACAGCACAUUUGUUCACAAAAGCAGGGAAGGAGUUACAAGACCUUAAGACCAAGCUAAAGACGGCCAUAAACAAGUCCAGGGUGUAUUUUGAUUUGAAGACAAAGUACAUGGACCAACUGGAGGCUCACAAGAAGGAAGUCAUAUCCUUGCAAGGAAAACUCAAAGUUGCAAAAAAGGACUAUUCUAUGUCUCUCAGAAAACUGGAAGGAAUAAGUGAUGAAAUUCACGAGGUUCGGCAAAGUCGAAUUAGUCUAUGUCUGCCCAGUAGAGAGUCUGGUGUUGGUGCCGAAUGUCCUGGUCACCAAGCACCAUCAGAAGGAAGGACAGCGAGGGACUGGGACGAGGAUGGAAUGAUGGUUUUGCCAGAUGGCAGGUGUGAUGACUCAGAUAAAUCAACAACAGAUAGCACAAGGGGUGAUACCAGUGAAUCAAUACCAGAUGCUGUGUGCAAUGAUACCAGUAAACCAAUACCAGAUGGUGUGUGCAAUGAUACCAGUAAAUCAAUACCAGAUGCUGUGUGCAAUGAUACCAGUAAAUCAAUACCAGAUGCUGUGUGUGAUGAUACCAGUAAAUCAAUUCCAGAUCCGGUGUGUGACAAUUUGGAUGAAUCACCCAAAAUUAGCACAAUGGAUAGAGCAAGCGAUGUUUCGCCGGCUAGCGGUGCAUGUAAUGACACAGCUGAAUCAGCAUUAGAUGCUGUUUGUGGUGAUUUAGGGGAGUUACCAAGUGAAGGUACAAUUGAUGAUUUCAGUGAAUCAACAUAACGUGCAUGUUGAUCUCACUCAGAGAUGGCACUAGGAUGGAAGCCAGCCAAGAAACUCCACCUAGUGUUAUGUGCGGUGAUAGCAGUUAAUCAACACCACCUCAUUUCACCCCUACAGGCCAUGUGAUGAUUAAUCAACGGAAAGACAAUCAGACGGUCACAUAAUAUUAUAAUGAAAUCCUUUGUAGAAAACGAAAUUACGAGACUGGAGAAUAGUGCCAAUCACAUGAUAGAUGUUGCCAUGGAAACAUGGUUAGCCUUCAAGUGUACCCUUGGAACAGAACUGACUGUUCAGUGUUCCGGCUUCAAGAUACCCGUGAACUCUGCAAUGGAAUGCAUCAGGAUGAUCUUCCGUAAACAUUGCAUAUCUCAGUGGAAUUGCAUAACUGCUAUGGUUUAUAGAUGUAUCCUUUUACUUAGAUAAAACAUUGGCAAUCUAGCAGUA